GAAAAUGUCUGCGCCCAUAGGAACAACUUCCUGUUUCGUGGAACUAGCUACGAUACAUUGUAUAUCUAUCCUAAAUCUUAACUGGCCUACCUAACCAUAGCCCAAAUGAUUAAUUAACUGUAUUCAAGACAAAAAUGAAAAAGACCAGGGAAUACUAAUGUAUAUUGUACAUAUAUAGAGAGAGACCAUGUCACAGAGGUCAAUAUGCCACGAUACCUCAGGAACUCCCGUUACAACAGAAUUUUCCUGCUAAUUGGAAUAGGAGCUCUUAUUUUCAUAUCAUUUCAAUUAUUGUCAUUCAAAGUAUUAAACUCAUCUGCUCAAAAGAGAGCACAGAAUGCCAUCAAUGAGUUUGAGGAUAAUGGCGAUGAUGAAGUUGAUGAUGAUAGUGAUUUAGAUAAACCGUCACAAUUCGACAAAAAGAGGCAGAGAGAACAAAAAGCACCUGAACAUUUGAAUUUGGACCCAGUUGUUGAUGUACGAGGUGUUAAUCCAGAAGACAUUGAACUAUAUCAUCCUGACAGUAACAAGUUGUUUACCUGUCUACAGUCAAAGAAAAAAAUCCCUUUCACUGAAGUAAAUGAUGACUAUUGUGACUGUGAUGACAACACGGACGAACCAGGGACAUCAGCCUGUGAUGGAAAGUUUUACUGUAAGAAACAGAUCCCUCACCAAGCACUGAUUGUGUUGCCAAGCAACAGAGUGAAUGAUGGGAUAUGUGAUUGUUGUGAUGGAAGUGAUGAAUGGAAGAAAACUCCACCUCCAAAUGGUGUUAUACCUGCUAACAGAGCCAAGUUAUCAGUAAAAUAUGCUCCAUGUGAAGACUUAUGUGAUAAGUUGAUCCAGACAAAUAAAGAGGAUGAGAAAAUACAGAAGAUGGGAAAACGUCUACAAUUACCUUAUAUCAUAGCUGCCAAGCAUCUACCUCAGAAAAAUGAUUAUGGACCAGAGGGCAUAUUUUAUAAACUCAGUUUAACCUGCUUUACUUAUAAAACCAAAGAGUAUGAAUACCAAGUGUGUCCUUUCCAAAAAAUUACUCAGGACCACUUCCCAGGGACAGCAUUUAGCCUUGGUAAAGUAUCUACAUGGACAAGUAGAAAAAAUGGCCGAUAUCUGUUACGUAUGGAAGGUGGAGACACUCAUCUCUGCCCUGAUGGAAUCGGAAGAAUGUCUGUGGUAACUUUUCUUUGUGGAUUAAACGAUCGUGUUAUCAUUUUACAAGAAGAUGAAAAGUGUGUCUAUGGCAUCAAGUUCUCAACACCAGCUGCAUGCUGAGAAUAAUAUUGUGCACUCCUGUGCAAACAGAUAAUGUUAUAUAUGUUUUACCAACCAUAUUGAUCUCGGCCUGCACUGUCAGGUGGCAUUGAAACAUAACAGUACCAUGCUGAGAAUGAUAUUGUGCACUCCUGUGCAGACAGAUUAUGUUAUAUAUGUUUUACCAACCAUAUUGAUCUCGGCCUGCACUGUCAGGUGGCAUUGAAACAUUACAGUACAUGGUAUAAUCAUUAUGCAAAGAGUUUGCGGCCUGCACUGUCUGGUGGCAUUGAAACAUUACAGUACAUGGUAUCAUCAUUAUGCAAAGAGUUUGUGGGAAAAUCUAUAUAAUUUGACAGCAGUAUUGAUCUCGGUCUGCAGCCUCAUGUGAUAUAAACGAAUUACAUAACAUGGCAUUGUGCAAAGAGGUUUUGUUAAAAUAUUAUUUGAAAGGGCCACUUCAUGGUUAGUUCAGCCAUAUUGAAUAGGGGCUGAUUUUUUUGAAAAUGUGGAAAUAGUAUGGGAAAUCCUAUGCAUGUUUCCAAGCAACUGCAUCAUUAUAAAAAUCUGCCCCCUAUCCAAAAUGGCGGAACUAACUGUGAAGGGGUCUAUUGAAAUCACUAAGAUUGGAUAUGGCUUUAAAAGCAACCAAGUAGAGAUAAUUCAUAACAUUAUGCAAAUAUGCUUAAAUUGAAUAUUUAGAAUAUCAAGAUGAUUUGUUGUUAUUCUUGCUUGUCAUGUUCUGGACUGGAGUUUUUGUCAGAUUUUCGAAAUCCUCUGGUUUUAUCCAUUGAAAUGCCUUAAAAAAAAUUGCCCAUGAACCCCAUUAAAUCUCUUCCAUGUAUAAUUAUAAGCCAUUUGUAAAAGUAUUAUAAAAUUUUAUUUAUUUUUUAAUAGUUUUUGAGAACUUUAACUGGUCAAUGAUAAAGUAUGAAAAUUCAAGAGAGAACAUUUUCCCACCAAAAGUUUAAUGGCUACAAUGUAAUAUCUCAAAAACAAGCACAUUGACCCAUAUAUUGUUUUGGCUUUUUUGAUUAUGCAAUUUAUCCCCUAUCAUCAAUAUAUAGUAGUUUUAUGGAAAGUUGUAUUAUGCAACUGAGCAGCAAACAUCCUUAAAAUUGAAUACAUUAAAUUUACUUAUUUUCAUGGAUUGUGAAGGAAUUUGUAUUUUUGGGUAUUUGACAGAGAGUACUAGAACAAAUUUCAUACAGAGAAACACGAGAGUAUUUUUUUUAAUAAACAUUCUAUCAUUUUCAUAUGCAAAACCCACAACCAAUGUCUUUCAUUUUAAAUGUUGCAUUAAAAACUGGGUUUGUCCUGAAUACAAGUUGUAUUUAAGUUAUUCCACAGUAGUCAAAGUUGUUGACCCUCUAUCUUAAGGAAAAGAGGCCACUAUGUCUUUUUGGUUGUGAUUUAUCUGUGAUUAAAUUUUCAUGCAGUCAUUUAAAAUAUUGUUUAUAACAGUUUAACUAUAGGCAUAUUGCUAUGAAUAGAUUAUUAUUUGUUUUUCAGACAGCUUAUUUUAACUUGUACAUUCAGACAUGCAAUAUAGUUGUAUAUUUAGUGGUGUUUUUGGUGCAAAGUAUUAUUCAUAUUUCAUUAUUCAAUUCAUUGUUUUGUUAUCAUUUAGAGAAAAACUGAAGAUACAUGUAUUUCCUUUUGAAAAUAGUAUUUGUGAUAAUUUAAGUUGUAAUAAA